AUGCAUUACAAGACUGUUGCUGCCACUCUCCUCGUGGCCGGAGCCACUGCCUCCCCCUUCCGCCGUCAGACUUCGAACGAGACCUUCUGCGAGGAGGACGCCCCCGAGACGCAGCCUACCACCUCUGUUCACUUCCCCAGUGCUCCUUUCCCCGUGAACACCACCGUUCCUGGAGUCCCUUCUCGCCCUGGCACUGGCGGCAACCCUGGAUCUUACCCCGGAAAGCCCGUCAACCCGGGCAACGAGACUCCUUCCUACCCGGUUGUGCCUACCAACGCCGGCGAGACACCCUCUUCUCCCAGCAAGGCCUCUACCGGCGGUGAGUCUUCCAACACCGGCUCUGGCUCUGGCUCUGGCAACUCUGAAAACAACGGCACUCCCUCCAAGGGCGGUGACUACCCCGUCAAGGGCAACGACACUCCCAGCAAGGGUGGAAACGCUUCUCCCUCUUACCCCGAGCAGCCCUCCGCUCCCGGUGUUUCUACUCCCUCCACCCCCGGCGGCACCGGCAACACUCCCUCUUACCCUUCCUACCCCUCUUACCCCGGCAAGCCUUCCAACCCCGGUGGCAACGGCGGCAACGUCCCUUCGUACCCGAGCAAGGCUGCUGAGGCGGCGUCUUCUGCUCCGUACAUCCCCUUCCCCAUGAACACUUCCACCCCCUCUGUUGCUCCGUCUUUCACCACCGUCCCCGGUGUUGCUCUUCCCACUGAGCCCAUUGCCAGCGCCACCCUCCCCGUUGCGAGCAACAACGCUUCCGCCCCUAUUCCCAGCUCUACUGCUCCCGCAACCACCAUCCCCUACGGUGUUGCCAUCACCAAGUGCACCGUUCCUGGUGACUUCGCUCUCACUUUCGACGAUGGCCCGUUCACUUACACCAACCACGUCCUCGACCUUCUCGCUGAGGCUGGUGCCAAGGCCACCUUCUUCGUCAACGGCGAGAACUUCGGUAACAUCAACGAUGAGCAGGAUGUCGUCAAGCGUAUGAUCGCCGACGGCCACCAGAUUGGCUCUCACACUUACAGCCACCCUGACCUCGCCACCCUUGGCGAUGCCGACAUCAUCCCUGAGAUGACCACCCUCGAGGACGCUCUGAUCAACAUCAUCGGAAAGUACCCCACGUACAUGCGCCCUCCUUACUUCAGCUGGAACGACAACACCCUGUCUAUCCUCAAGGCCCUUGAGUACCACGUCAUCCACGCCGAUGUCGACUCCCUCGACUACGCCAACAACGCCCCUCUCGGCAACCUCACCAGUGUUGGCAUCUUCGAGGAGGGCCUCAAGAAGGGUGGCUCUAUUGCCCUGGCCCACGAGGUUCACCAGAACACCGCUGAGUACCUCGUCCCCGAGUUCCUGCGCAUCAUCAAGGAGAACAACCUGAACGCCGUCACCGUCGGUGAGUGCCUUGGUGACCCUGAGGCCAACUGGUACAAGACCAAGCGCACCUCCACCCCUACUGCCACCGCUUCCAAGAUCGUCGUCUCCAUCACCAGCACUGCUACCCCCACCGGUGUCAUUGGCCCCGACGGCGCUUGCGGUGGCACUGAGGGCUACGUCUGCGAGGCUGGUGCCUGCUGCUCCGAGUACGGCUUCUGCGGUUCUUCCCAGGCUUACUGCGGAACCGGCUGCCAGCCCCUCUUCGGUGUCUGCGGUGCCGCUGCCCCUGCUCCCUCCGGCUCCGUCACCACCACUGCCAGCGCUCCCGCCGCUACCCAGACCGGAACUGGUGGCGUCAGCCCUGACAGCUCCUGCGGUGGUGCCAACGCCUACACCUGCCCCGAGAGCACUUGCUGCUCUGAGUACGGCUUCUGCGGCACCACUACUGCUCACUGCGGUACUGGCUGCCAGCCCCUUUUCGGCACUUGCUCCUAA